AUGGUUGUAGGAGUCGAUAGCCUGGUUAUAGACAUGGAUAAGCAGAAGGUAACAGUGACAGGAUACGUGGAUCAAAGGCGUGUUUUGAAGGUGGUUAGAAGAACAGGAAGGAAGGCAGAGUUUUGGCCAUACCCGUACGACAACGACUAUUAUCCUUAUGCCGCCCAGUACUUGGAUGAAUCUACCUUCUCAUCCACCUAUAACUACUACAUGCAUGGCUAUAAUGAGAGCAUGCAUGGUUACUUACCUAACCUACCUUACUCGACAAUCAUCGACGAUCAAGUUGCCGAUCUUUUCAGCGUGGAAAAUGUAAAUUCCUGCAACAUUAUGUGA